AUGCUCCUCGUCACCGAAGUGAGAACCAAGCCUUCCUCACAGGAUGAAAUCAAGAAGCAGGGCGAGUCGGCCUGGUCCCCAGCGCAGGGAGCCGGCAACUGCAACGAGGGGGUCAAGGCUUGGGUGCAGAACAUGGGCGGCUACGUCUUCAUCUGCGGCUCCACCGCCAUGGGCAACGGCGUGUUGGCCGCGCUUGGCGAGGUCCUCGAGGGCGGCCCCGCCGCAGUCGAGGCACUGAAGAGCGAGGGGCGCAUUGUUGCGGAGAUGUGGGGCUGA